AUGCAGGAUGUGGUCACUUUCCAGGCGUUGGCGCUCUACCAACAGCAGCAGCUGAAGAAGAAGCGCUUGGAUCAUGUGGCCCUGCCAGAUACGUGGGAGGCGCUGAAGAUGCCCGUGCUGGCCGCAGCGGACCCGGGCCAGCCCCUGGGGCAGAGGUUGGCCGCGUCAGCGCUGCAGGCGCUCGGCUCGGAGUUCUGCCCGUCACCACCCGGCUGCGUUCACGGAAUUCUUGUGGGCACCAGCGUGCGCGGCGCCGUGCCCUGCGCGCAUGCCGGGGACGGAGCACAUGUGCUGUCCAAGCACGUUGCAUCCAAGCUCAUUCAGGAGAUGCCACUGCACCCGAAGCCACUUCGGAGCCUCACCUUGAUGCAGAUGGUGGAGGCGGCUGUCGACGAUGCCGAGCUGCCUGCGCACACAGCGUGA